AUGGAAGGAACUUUGGUAGCUACAGCUCGCUUUCCGGCGAACAAGGUGGCAAUUCUCGUCCAACUCGACGAGAAACUCAAGACAGAAACUGGUACCAAAAGGAAGAUGGAGAAACUCAAGGAGUUGUCCACGAUCAUUGGCGCGGUGAUGGAAGAUGUCGAGUCCCGCUCUUUUAUCGAUGAUGCUGUGAAGGACUUGCUGAAGAUGCUCAAAUACUUGGACUACGAUCUCGAGGAUGUUGUGGAUUACUAUGACACCAAAGUCUUGCAGAAGCAGCAGAGAUCGAAUACUUGUUUAAGGCCGGUGCGUGAUUUCUUCUCUUCUGAUAAUCAAGUUGUGUUUAAGUGUAGGAUAGGUGGCAUGAUAAAAGUUGUAAUAGAAAGUCUGGAUUCUAUUUUGCUGCAAAAGUCCAUUCUUCUUAAUUUGCCACAAGGCAGUAUCCGCAUGUCGGAACCAAGUCUAUACAAGGAGACCUACAGCCACAAUAGCUUUGAUGUUAGAGGGAGAGAACCAGAGAAGAAUAUGAUUGUCGACGUGUUAACAAAAGACGACGAUGAUGAUGAAAACAGUCGUGGUACAUUGAAGGUCAUCGCCAUCGUUGGGAUGGGUGGCCUAGGGAAAACAACACUUGCUCAGCUUGUUUUCAAUGAUGAAAGGGUGAAAGUUCAUUUUGUAAGUUCAAGAAUGUGGACAUUUGUUGGGACUGAAUUUGAUCCCACAAAGAUAAUGAAGUCUGUUUUAGAACAGGCUACUUUUGACCCAGUUAACAUCUCAGAAACAGAUUUAGUGAGGCAGAACCUAGAAAAAACAUUAUCUGGGAAGAGAUUUCUGCUCGUGUUGGAUGAUGUAUGGAAUGAAGAUCAAUUAAAAUGGGAUGAGCUGAAAGCAGCCUUAACAUGUGGGGCGAGAGGAAGCAAAAUUUUAAUGACAACCCGUAGCCAACAAGUCUCUUCGAUUAUGGGCUCAUUCAAUACUCACCAAAUACAACAGUUGUCUCGAGAUGAUUGUUUGUCCUUGUUUCAACAAUCUGCAUUUGAAGACGAAGCAGUGGAUCAAAACUUGAUGAAAAUUGGUGCAAAGAUUGUUGAGAAAUGUGGUGGUGUGCCCUUGGCUGCCAUAUCCCUUGGUAGCAUGCUCCAUGGCACUCGAGAUGAAAUGUAUUGGUCCUCCGUUUUGAUGAGUGAAAUAUGGCAGUCGGGAAAUGAUGAAUAUGAAGUGCUAGCUACACUAAAGUUGACCUAUGACAAUAUCUCUCCACAGUCAAAGAAGUGUUUUGCAUUUGCCUCCCUAUUCUCAAAAAAUUAUGGGAUGGCAAAAGAUGAACUGAUAAAACUGUGGAUCGCAAAUGGUUGUGUACGUUCAGAAGGAAAUUUUGAUGCUGAAACAGUGGGCAACCAUGUAUUUGAUGAUCUUGUGCUGAGAUCAUUCUUUCUCUUGGCACCUUUCGAAGAUGUAACCAAGUGCACGAUGCAUGAUUUGAUGCAUGACCUGGCACGAUCAGUAUCUGCAGAUGUAUAUUGGAAUUCUAAUCAAGAUUCAGUUGAAGACAUUGGCAAACGAACAUAUCAUUUGCAAAUAUUUCCAAGAGAGUUACGAAAUGAUAUGUUUUCUCAGGUCUUAGGCAAGAAGCCAUUAAAUUUGCGUACCCUGAUACUGAGCAAAUGUAAAUUAGAUCAGAAUGCCAAUUUACUUGAAAUCGUCUUCUCAGAAUUAAAAUUUUUGCGGGUGUUAGAUUUAAGUAACAAUAACAUCAAGGAGGUACCGACAUCAAUAAGAAAUCUGAUACAUUUGAGGUACCUCAACGUAUCUGGGAAUGAUAUUGAAAUUCUACCCAACUCAAUAAUCCUUCUCCUUAAUUUACAAUAUCUUUAUUGCAAUAAUCUUAGAUUGACAUACAUGCCUCGUGGGUUGUCGCAAUUAAGUAAUCUUCGAAUUUUAUCUUUCUUUGCUGCUGCUGAUAGAACUGGCGCAUGCUCAAUCACAGAGCUUGAGGAUUUGAAGCUUCAUGGAGAAAUGACAAUUAAAUUUUCCACGAAUUUUACAAAUUACCCUCGUGGUGGAAGACAAAUUUUGAAGAAUAAACAUCUUAAUCAACUACUCUUUGAGCUUAAUGGUUCGGAGAGUAAUGACAAGGACAUGUUGGACGAUCUUUGUCCCGACACGAGCUUAAAGAGGUUGAGCAUAUGCAAUUAUGGGAGCCGACAAUUUCCAGCAUGGUUGAUGGAGUCACAGUUGCCAAAUUUGAUUGAAGUUAGCCUUGAGAAGUGCCAUGGUUGUGAGCACAUUCCUCCGUUUGGAAAUCUGCAGUUUCUUAAGAAGCUUGACUUAUGCAUGAUGAAUGGUAUUACACAGCUGGGUGCUGAGUUUCAUGGGUACAGAGGCUUUCCUUCCCUUCAAGAACUCUUCUUACACGGGAUGGAUAAUUUAGAGGAAUGGUCAGAGUCUGAUGAUUCCAAUCAAUUGCUCCCUUCACUGCAGGGUCUGCGGAUUUUCCAUUGUCCUAAAUUGAAAAGUAUGCCGUGGCUUGCUAGAAUCCAACGUCUUUAUAUAUUUGACUGCAACGAGGGCCUACUCUCAUGUGUUGGUAGACUGACUUCUCUUUCUAUUCUCCGAGUGAGGUGGAUGAAGUACAUGACAUCUCUUCCAAAUGGCUGCAUCAGAAACCUCACAUCCUUGACGAAAUUAAAAAUCACAGAGUGCAACUUGCUCCAAUCUAUUCCUGGCGAUGAAAUGCAGCACCUAGGAACAAUUCAAUCGUUGACCAUUUACUGGUGCAAUGAUUUGGCAUCCUUCCCGUCAGAAGUGGAAAGUCUCAGUUCUCUUCGUUCCCUACGUCUCACAAAAUGUCUACAUAUAACAGUGGAGCCAGAAAUACUCGUCCGAAUCUUGAAUUCCCUGCAUAAGUUCCGAAUAGAGAUUUGUUGCGAGAAAGUUAACUUGCGUGGGCAACUGCAACGCUUACACUCGCUUGGAGAAUUGUUAAUAAGUGGCGAACAUGGUAAAUUUGCCUUUCAACGCAAAGCCACGCAGUUAGGCAUUUGUUGUUGUGAUGAUUUGGAGUCGUUGAUGACAACAGAACAAGCGGCAAGCAGUGUGCUCGAAGAUCUAUAUAUAGAUGGAAUUUCCGAACUCAUGACCUUGCCUGACUGGCUGCAGCAUCUCAGGUCUCUUCGUAUUCUAUCAAUCCAGAACUGCCCACGAUUAGAAAAGGUGCCACAGGGUUUAAAGGAUCUACAUAUGUUGAGUGAUUUGAAGCUUGUCAACUGCCCACAGCUGGAAGGAAGAUGCGAAAGGGAGACGGGCGAAGAUUGGCCCAUCAUCUCGCAUGUGCCACAGAUUACUAUUGGUCUGGUUCCUUAG